GUCUGAGUGAGGAAGAGACGGCGCUGGAACCCAUGGACACGUCGUAUCCCCGCGAGGACCCCCGGGCCCCGACGCCCCGCAAGGCUGACGGCGCCGCCCACACGGCCCUUACGCUGGGGGCACCUGGACCUCCACCUCGAGACCACUUUAUCUGGUCCGUCUUCAGCACACUCUACCUUAACCUCUGCUGCCUCGGCUUCCUGGCGCUGGCCUACUCCAUCAAGGCCCGAGACCAGAAGGUGGCCGGGGACCUGGAGGCGGCCCGGCGUUUGGGCUCCAGAGCCAAGUGUUACAACAUUCUGGCUGCCAUGUGGACGUUGGUGCCCCCGCUGUUGCUCCUGGGCCUGGUGGUGACCGGCGCCCUGCACCUGUCCCGGCUGGCCAAGGACUCUGCAGCUUUCUUCAGCACCAAGUUCGACGACGCGGACUAUGACUGAGGGGCUGGACCCCACGGUGUAGAUGCCGACCUCGAGCCCUGCCCCACCGCGACCUUGAGGCUCCUCACCCCCAGCCUGGGCACGCGUGUGAUGACACCUUCAGACCCCAAGCCCUAACUGCUUCUCACUCACCAGGCUCCGUCUUGACUUCACAAUUAAAAGUGCCUGGAUC